CGGCAAUGGCCGACAAUGGAGAAUUUCCAGAUUUAGCAAUCAGAUCUGUCGUAUUUUAUGUGAAAUGCCCUAAAUUUGGUUGAAAUUUUCCAUCCUUAGCCUCCCACAGAAUCCUGAUCAAUUCCAAGCACAGCCCAGAUAUACAUAGAUGGGGAGAGGGAGGAUUGAGAUCAAGAGGAUAGAGAAUGUGAACAGUCGUCAAGUGACUUUCUCCAAGAGACGAAACGGGUUGAUGAAGAAGGCGAGAGAGCUUUCAAUCCUCUGUGACGCGGAGGUCGCCGUUAUCAUCUUCUCCAGCACCGGCAAGGUUUACGAAUUCUCCAGCAGCAGUAUGCAGCAAACACUUUCCAGAUAUGGCUACAGCUCUUCGACUUCAGACCAUAUCCAUCAACGAGAGAUUCUCCAGCAUCAGCGACCACAUCACUGUCCCCUCCAAGAUAACGACGACGCAUCGCGGCAGAAUAGCGAUUUUCUGAAGACCGAACUCGAGAGAUUGCACCUCUCGUACGAGAGAAUGAAGGGGAAGGAGCUGAAUGGAUUGAGCUUUCCGGAGCUGUUGUCUCUCGAAAACCAGUUGAAUGAAGCCUUGCUGAGUAUCAAGGAUCAAAAGACACAGGUCCUGCUCGAUCAGAUCGAAAGAUCCCGGUUUCAGGAGAAAAGGGCUCUGGAAGAAAAUGAGAAGCUACGGCAACAGUUAGUGAAAUCUGGAAGAAGUUCAUCAGGACCGUCGGAGUUAACUCCAGUGAACGCAGUUUCACGUAUGUUAGCCGAAUUUCCGGACAUGACGAGGAGAACGGGAGGCGAGAGCUCUUCGUCCGACGAUGACGACAAUGACAGUGGGGAUCGUCAUUCCGACACUUUCUUGCACUUGGGGUUAUCGUCGGAAUAUAAUCGGAAGAGAAAGACACCUAAGAUCGAAUCGGUCUGCGAAACCUCCUGGAGCCAAGCUGCUUCUGAUUGAUUCUCUCUCUCUCUCUCUCUCUCUCUCUCUCUCUCCCUCUCUCUCUUGUUAGGGUUUUUCUGUAGCCUUUUGUAGUGGCAGGAGGAGGAAGAAGACGCAGAAACAGAUAUACAAUUAUUUGACAUUUCGCGAAGAUGGUAUUGCUUUUGUGAAAUA